GACCGGUUGGGGCCGGUUCCCCGCGCAGGCGCAGGGCCCCAUAAACAGGAAGCGGCGGCCGGGGCGCCCGGGGCGGCCGGAGACAAAGGGCUGGGCCAGGCCCGGCGCGGGCGGGGGUCCCUGGCGGGCGGCGGCGGCAUGGUGCAGAAGGAGGGGCAGGCGGCGCUGGAGGAGCGGGAGCCACAGGGCAGCCCCAACCCGGCCGGGCUGCCGGUGGCUCCGCUGGAAGCGGCGGGGGCCUCCGCGGGGCCGGGCCCGAGCCUGAGCGGGGAGGAGACGGACACGGAGACCGAGACGGUGGCCGGGGCCCGGCGCUUCCUCUGCGGCGUCGUGGAAGGAUUUUAUGGAAGACCAUGGGUUAUGGAGCAGAGGAAGGAACUUUUUAGAAGGCUUCAGAAAUGGGGACUGAAUACCUACUUGUAUGCUCCAAAAGAUGACUACAAGCACAGGAUGUUCUGGCGAGAAAUGUAUUCUGUGGAGGAAGCUGAGCAACUCAUGACUCUAAUCUCGGCUGCCCAAGAAUAUGAGAUAGAAUUCAUCUAUGCCAUCUCGCCUGGACUGGAUAUCACUUUCUCAAAUCCAAAAGAAGUGUCCACAUUGAAACGCAAGCUGGACCAGGUUUCCCAGUUUGGCUGCAGAUCCUUUGCACUGCUGUUUGAUGAUAUUGAUCACAACAUGUGUGCAGCAGAUAAAGAAGUCUUUAGCUCCUUUGCUCAUGCCCAGGUCUCCAUUACUAAUGAAAUAUAUCAGUAUUUAGGAGAACCAGACACAUUCCUAUUCUGUCCUACAGAAUAUUGUGGAACUUUCUGCUAUCCAAACGUUGCCCAAUCCCCUUAUUUACGGACUGUAGGAGAGAAGCUGUUACCUGGCAUUGAGGUGUUGUGGACAGGUCCUAAAGUUGUAUCUAAAGACAUUCCAGUAGAAUCUAUUGAAGAAGUUUCUAAGAUCAUCAGGAGAGCUCCAGUCAUCUGGGAUAACAUUCAUGCUAAUGAUUAUGAUCAGAAGAGGCUGUUUCUUGGGCCAUAUAAAGGUCGGUCGACUGAGCUCAUCCCUCGUCUGAAGGGAGUCCUGACCAAUCCAAACUGUGAAUUUGAAGCCAAUUAUGUUGCUAUUCACACACUUGCGACUUGGUACAAAUCCAACAUGAAUGGAGUGAGGAAAGAUGUGGUGAUGACUGACACUGAAGACAGUACUGUAUCAAUCCAGAUUAAAUUGGAAAAUGAAGGGAGUGAUGAAGAUAUUGAAACUGAUGUCCUGUAUAGCCCUCAAAUGGCUCUGAAGCUGGCCUUAACAGAGUGGCUGCAGGAGUUUGGAGUACCUCACCAAUACAGCAGUAGGCAAGUGGCCCACAGUGGUGCUAAAACCAGCGUAGUUGAUGUGGUGCCUCUGGUUGCGCCAUCAUCUCUAAAUGCAACAACGGUGGUUACUACUGUUUACCAAGAGCCCAUCAUGAGUCAGGGGGCAGCACUGAGCAGUGAGCCACCAGCACUGGUCAAGGAGGAAGAAAAGAAGCAGUCUGAUGAGGAACCAAUGGACAUGGUGGUGGAAAAACUAGAGGACGCAGACAAGAAUGUUAAUCAAAUACUGACAGAUAUUGCUGAAGCUAAAAUGUCUGAGGAGCUAAAACCAAUGGAUACUGAUAAAGAGAGCAUAGCUGAAUCUAAGUCCCCAGAGAUGUCUAUGCAGGAAGACUGUGGUAGUGACGUUGCCCCUAUGCAGACUGAUGAACAAAUGAAUAAGGAACAGUUUGUGCCUGGGCCAAAUGAGAAGCCUCUCUACACCGUAGAACCAGUGACUCUAGAGGAUCUGCAGUUACUUGCUGACUUGUUCUACCUUCCGUAUGAACAUGGGCCCAAAGGUGCACAGAUGCUGAGAGAGUUCCAGUGGCUCAGAGCAAAUAGCAGCGUUGUCAGUGUUAAUUGUAAAGGAAAGGACUCUGAAAAAAUUGAAGAAUGGCGCUCCCGAGCAGCCAAGUUUGAAGAGAUGUGUGGAUUGGUCAUGGGAAUGUUCACUCGCCUCUCCAACUGUGCCAACAGGACGAUCCUUUAUGACAUGUACUCCUACGUCUGGGAUAUCAAGAGUAUCAUGUCAAUGGUGAAGUCUUUUGUGCAGUGGUUAGGGUGUCGUAGUCAAUCUUCAGCACAGUUCUUAAGUGGAGACCAAGAACCCUGGGCCUUUAGAGGUGGUCUAGCAGGAGAGUUCCAGCGUUUGCUGCCUAUUGAUGGGGCAAAUGACCUCUUUUUUCAGCCACCUCCGUUGACGCCAACUUCCAAGGUUUACACUAUCAGACCCUACUUUCCAAAAGAUGAGGCAUCGGUGUAUAAGAUUUGCAGAGAGAUGUAUGAUGAUGGAGCUGAUCAACCUUUCCAUAGUCAGCCAGACUUAAUUGGAGACAAGUUAGUGGGAGGCCUGCUUUCCCUCAGUCUGGAUUACUGCUUUGUCCUUGAAGAUGAGGAUGGCAUAUGUGGCUAUGCUUUGGGCACUGUCGAUGUAACACCCUUCAUUAAAAAAUGCAAAAUUUCUUGGAUCCCUUUUAUGCAGGAAAAGUACAGUAAGCCGAAUGGUGAUAAAGAACUGUCUGAAGCAGAGAAAAUAAUGUUGAGUUUCCAUGAAGAGCAGGAAGUAUUGCCAGAGACAUUCCUUGCCAACUUCCCGUCGCUGAUAAAGAUAGACAUCCACAAAAAAGUGACUGACCCGAGUGUGGCCAAAAGCAUGAUGGCCUGCUUGCUGUCCUCUCUGAAAGCUAAUGGCUCCCGUGGGGCUUUUUGUGAAGUGAGACCAGAUGAUAAAAGAAUCCUGGAAUUUUACAGCAAGCUGGGUUGUUUUGAAAUAGCUAAAAUGGAGGGAUUUCCAAAGGAUGUUGUUAUCCUUGGAAGGAGCCUGUGAAGUCCUUGACAAUGAACUGUUCUAAUACUGUAGUCCCUUAACAGCUGGGUGGGUGGUGGUGGGGAUCUUCAUAUGGUCUAACUGCACAAACGCAGCAGUCAGCCAACCUGCUGGAAGGGGCUAUGUGAAAAUCCACCCAUCACAGAUUUCAAAUGUUAACUUGCUGGAUGAAGAGAGUGCUGCUGAAAACCCAGUUCUGAAAAAGAGAAACCUUGUUGUCGUCCUUUCCUGGUCUUGCGUGAAGUGCCAAGGAAUCUUGCGUGGGCUGUAUCCUCUGGGAAAAGCCCCUGCCCUUCCUGCCCAGUGAUGUGGUUGGUAGCAGUUCUUUGCAUCCAUAUAUGCAGUUAGCAGAAUGGUGCUCUUUAUCUGGAGUAACUAUUAAGAUCUGAUUUUCUUUUUCCCUGUGUCAUACAGCAGGAUGUGAGGAAGGAGGGGUGUAGUUGGGGUACUUCAUGUUGCAGAGAUGGGAAGAAUUACUUGUGUCAGUCAGCAAAUUUAAAGACCGGUAUUGACGGUUCUGUUUAUGGCUAUCUUUAUGCUUGUUUAUAAGACAGUGACUAGUUGUCACUGCUAAUGACCAUUGGUUCAGGCUUUGUGCUUUGUAGGGACAAAUGUGCAGUUGUCUGUGGCAAAAGUCACUAAUGACAGACUUGUAAAUGUCAGUGUAUAUAAACUAGCUGUAUGCUUAAUAACUUCUUUGUGUUUACUGGUUUUGUAAUUUUUUUUCUUCUGAAAAGUGAAAUGGUAUUGGUCCAAGAUGGCACUUUUGAAUAACGUAAAACCACAAUGGUGAAUGAAUCUGUCCUCAGUGUUGGCUUUUUCUACUGUGCCUCAUACCCAGAGCUGGAAACUGACCAUGUUGGGUAAGAGAUGCUGAUCCAGAAGGAUCAUUCCUUCAGAGGACAGACAGUUCUGUUGCAAGGCUGCCACUGCCUGGUGCUAUCAUCAUUCUCCUGGAACUGAAACAGCGAUUCAGUGGGAGGCCUGCUGAACCUGUUAAUUUUGGUGGCGGUCUCAAAGAAGAGGUGGAUGGAGGAAGUGAGAGGGAACUGGUCCAUGGUCAGGAUUUGUCUUCGGAUCAGUCUCCUGUUUCAAAGACUGUUCAUACUGGUUUGACUAAAUCAGGGUCUUCAAAUCCUGCAUGUUUGUAUCAAAGAUUUUUUGUAGAAGAAACACCACAAUAAGCACAUUUUUACAAAUUAUUUAAAUGGUUACCUAAUUAAUGUAACUGCAGAUAUUCCAAGAGUUUAAUGUUUUUACCCAGAUCUGAUGUAUUUGACUAAUGUGAUGGAGUCAGCAUGGUUAGGGGAUCUGGUAGUGAGGUAGUCGCACCAUUUGUGGGGGUUAUUGAUUUUUCUGUAGAAACCCUGUGUUCCAGAGAUGUAAUUUGCCAAUAAUAUACACUUUACAUUACCUUACCUUACUGAUUUCACCUGCUACCAUCAACUGUGUUUAACUUCCUUCUUUUUAAAUGUCCCUCUUGGUUUUGGUGGUGAACAAAAGACAUUCAGGUCCUUAUUAAAGCUCCCAUCUGUGUAGCUUUAAAGAAAUUUUACAAGCUGUAACAAAUGGCAUUAGACUGCAGUAAUGUCUGCAACCUGUAAGGAGAAGCUAAUGUUUGGCCUUCCAGUGCAGUCACAUAGGAUAUUUUCUUUUUCAGAAUGUGAAUAAUUUUUUAAUUCAAUAGUGAAGUAUUUAAGUUUAAACAAGUUCAUUUCAUUUACAGAGAGAGGUAUAGGGUCACGCUAUGGGAUCUCAUGUAAAUCAGAGCUGAAUGUCACUAGUUUUAAUACAGCUUUGAGUAAGUAGCUGGUCCUUUGGUUUAUCAAGUGGAAGAGUGGUUGUGUUUUUUUUUUCCCUUUUCUUUUUUUAAUGGAUACCAGAGUCAAUUUACUACUUGAUCUGGAUUCAUAGCAUUACAGGAUAGGAUGCUUGUGGCCUUAUAUCUUGGCUUUUAAGGAGUUGCCACAAUCUCUUCCUAUAAAUUUUAUUGUUACAGAAGUUAGUUGUACAAAUGGAUGGAAUGUCCAGGCCAAUACCAUCACUCUAGGAUUGUAAAGUGAUAAGUUGACAUAUCUUUCAUGGUUAUGAAUUUUCAUUAAGGUUGGAAUGCCACUUUCAUUAAUCUGUUUAGAUCAACAGUAUCUGUAGCAGAAAAAUGAGCUGUAAAACUGUAUUUGAAGACCAUGCGAGAAAUAGAAUAAAAAUAGAGAAGUGAAU